AAAGAGCCAGAUAAUCCGCGGAACACGCAAGCAUCAGUAAUUGAUUACGAGUGUUUUAUUGGCUCACUUGUACUGUGACAAGUAAAUUUUUUUACGAGUAAACACCACGCUUGCUAAAGAUUUUGACCUUUAAAAAAAGACACAACGAGGGAAACGAAACUCGAAAAGGUUAUUAAAAUCAAAAGGUUUUUUUAGCCACGUAUUUGAGACCGGAAAUCUUUAAUUAAAUCAGUGUUUGGAUGAUGACAUGUUGGGCGGCAUGUUCGUGCGUGACGAAAUGAACACAUAACAAAGAUCACGACGAAAGAGAGUUCUAGCUGUUUCCAUAAAGAUUGUUAACCGUCUCAGGAACUGGAGAAGGAAAUCUUUUGGCAUUAACGUGGAAAACGGUAGCAAAGUAUUUCUUCAUUUAGCGGACAGUGUCAAAGGAAAUUUUCUACCGUCCAAUAUGCACGAUUUACCGUCUGAUUUCAAAACUCUGUCGCUCAGUCUGAGGGAACGCAACAAACGAAUGUACAAUAAUUCGCUUAUGAGCGAUAUAAAUUUCAUCGUAAGAGAGAGCGAAACGGAGAGAAAGAUGUCAAUCCCAGCUCACAAGUACGUGCUGGCCAUUGGAAGCCCUGUGUUCUACAAAAUGUUCUACGGAGAUUUGUCCGAGAAAAGUGACUCUGUUGAGCUUGUGGAUGCAGACUCCAACAGUCUGUUGGAACUUUUUCGCUUCUUGUAUUCGGACGAAACCCAUUUAACGGCUGAGUGCGUUCUCCGUGUAAUGUAUUUGGCUGAAAAGUACAUGAUACCUGGCUUGCUGGACGAAUGUGCCGAGUUCUUGAGCAACGAAAUCGACGCCAACAACGCUUUGGACAUUUUGAAACAAUGUGAGUUGUUCGGUGACACCGACCAACUGCAAGAGAGAUGUUGGAACAUCGUUGAUCUCCAGACCCGGCAAUGCCUUCGUUCCAAAAGCUUUCUUUCCACGUCUGGAACGAUCUUGGAAGCUCUAGUGAAGCGAGAGACCUUAGACAUUGACGAGCGCGAAUUAUAUCGUGCAGUCAUUUCCUGGGCUGGAGCACAAUGUAAAGCGCACUCGCUGGAACCGAUCGCUAAGAAUAUCAGAAAGUUUCUUGGGGGUGUAAUGGCUCACAUUCGUUUCUCGCUUAUAAAAGACAGUGAUUUGCUCAAUCACAGUUUGGCAUCUGGGAUUCUUACAUUCGAAGAUUCCCAAUUUACACAAGGGCUCUCCGCUUCUGAUUUCGUUCUCGCGCAGUUAAAUCACGAUCAUUCUCCCCUUCGACUAAUUAAGGCUCGUCAUCCGGCGCGGCAAGGGAUCAAGCCUCUUCGCUGUCGCCGCUUGUCCGUAAAUGAACCACCUCGCCUAUUUGUUCCGUACGAAAGCACCAACAGCGUUUGCUUCAUAGCUGAUCAACCGGUGUGUAUUAGCGGAGUGCGGAUCAUUUUGAGCGGCCAGAAGCUCAACGACAACUAUGCAGUCAUUACGAAACUGUUGGACAGCAAUCGCAGCUGUGUGAGUUGCGUGCAAGGUAGCUAUACAGUGGAGUUUGGAGGAACCGAAGGUUUACCUGGCUUUGAUGUGUAUUUCACUGAGCCUAUUCUCGUCAGAAAGGGUGCAAAAUAUUUUAUCACCAUGUUCUCACCCGCCGAGUUGGAUUUGCCGCAGUGCAUUGGAAAGAAAGAUCAAGUGAAUUGUGCAGGAGUGAACUUUUAUUUUCCUGAUUCUACACACAGACAGUUCCCCGAGUUGAUCUUCCAUCCUUUAGCGCCCCUUUGGUAGAGAGAAAAAGCACUAUAAAAUAUAAACACCCUCUCAAGUUUCUUUAUGCAAAUGAAUGAACGAAUACGAUUAAUGAACGGUGGACUGUAUUAUGAUCGAGUAUUUUUACGGGGACAAUAAACAAUUCAUAAAUUCUUGCAUGUCUUGAAAUCUUUAAGGUAUUACGCUGGUCGAUGGGUCACGAAAGCAACCCGUGAUAGUUACGUGACAUUUAAUACCAUGGUAACGAAGAAAAAGUGUAUUUUGUUGUCUUGUUACUGUUCUUGUUUUUGCCUACAUCAUGGAAGAUGUCAGUUCAAAAGUCCGAUGACUGGUUAAUUCUCCUUCUUGCAUGUCCUUGGAACUAUGCUGAUUUUAUUAAUUGACUGCGAGUAGUCCCUUUAUAUCUUAGUCGGAGGGUACAUUAUUUAAAGUCAUACUUCACUGAUUAAGAUUAAAGAGGGGCUAUCCCUGGUUUUUGAAAGACUUGCGCCGUAAGAAUAAACACGCUCUUGAAUUGGAGCCUCUGUCUGCUCUCUGGAGGCGUCCGUAAUGGAUGCCCACUUUGCUAUGACUCUAUCUAUCAAGGGAGUUUGCUUGUCCUAAUUGAGUUCAUGUUGCUUUAAUUCAUAUUCUUUGUACAUAUAUUUUGCCCUGAAAUUAUUCGAUAUAACGUUUGAUUUAUUCAAUAAAAGUACAGAAUUCAUCCGUU